AUGAGUCGUAGCAACAAUGAACCGUGUGCAAAUUGCGAAGUCUUAAAACUGCAACUUGAAUUAAAAGAUAGUGUCAUAAAAGCCAAAGACGAGAAAAUUUCGUUUCUUUCCGACUCACUCAUACAAACUCAGAAAGAGCUUAUUGCUGCAAAAGAAGAGGCUUUGAAGGGGUAUAGGGAACUUCAGCAAAUGAAUUCUAGCCUCGACGCUAAUGCCACAAGUUCCAAAAAUAAUUCUCAAAAACUCAAGAUUAGUAAUAAUAACAAUCACAAUAGCCUCAAUGAUCUUUUAAGGACGCCUUCCCCGUUUGAAAGUCAAAUCGAAACAGGACUAGUUUUAAAUAACAUAGCUGUGGAACCUUGGAAUAGUUCUGAUACAGAUAUGGUUAAUGGAAGCAAUGAAAAUUUGUUCAGAGAAAAUCGAGCUUAUAUCGGACACGUAACUGAAGACAUCACCAGAGCUAAAUUGAGACGCUCACUAGAAGAUAAAUUUGGACGUAUAAUUGACUUGGAUAUGAUCAUUAGCAAGCACUGCGCAUUUGUGACAUUCGCAACAAAAGAAUCAUACGAACGAGCAAUUGACGAAGGGUUACUUUUCAUAGAUGGAAAUAAUUUGGGCAUUGAGGAACCAAGAAAACGUACUACUAGUGAUGGCUCCAGGAGAAGGAGAAGAUAG